CGAGAUAACACGUCCAAGAAAAGAGAAAAAGAUCAGAAUAGAAAAUUCAAAGAGAUACUAUUCCAAAAUGUCUCUUACCUCAUCUUCUUCUCUAGAUACCAUUGCGAGCCGCACCGAUGUAUUUGAUAAUGGAAGUUAUCCCACUGCCCUCCUUAGAAUUAAAGCAGAAAGCCGCUUCAAUAAUGUCAAUACAAUCCCGCCGCCGAAGCCGCUGUUAAUCGGAACUCCAUCGUGUUUGAAAGGCGGCGAAUUCCCGGUGUUGUUGAUGCUUCAUGGAUAUAUUCUAUCCAACAACUUUUAUUCACAGCUUAUUCAUCAUGUUGCUUCUCAUGGCUAUGUGGUUAUUGCUCCUCAGCUAUAUUCCGUUGCUGGACCUGACUCAAGAGAUGAGAUUCAUGCCACAGCCGCCAUCAUAGACUGGCUUUCAAAAGGGUUAAAGGAUGUGCUUCCAUCGAAUGUACAACCAAACUUAAACAAGCUUGCACUUUCUGGCCAUAGUCGUGGUGGGAAGGUAGCAUUUGCCUUAGCUUUAAAAAAAGAAACAACAUCUCCUCUAAAAAUAUCAGCUUUAAUUGGGAUCGACCCAGUAGAUGGAAUGGGAGAAGGAAACCAAACACCACCACCAGUGUUAACUCAUGUGCCACAAUCUUUUGAUCUUAAUGGAAUGCCUAUACUUGUAAUUGGUUCGGGUUUAGGUGAAAUCAAGAAGAACAUGUUGUUUCCUCCUUGUGCACCCAAAGGAGUAAACCAUGAGAAUUUUUAUGAGGAGUCUCAGAAUCCUGCUUGGUAUUUUGUUGUCAAAGAUUAUGGUCAUCUUGACAUGCUAGAUGAUUGUACAAACGGAGUCAGAGGAAUAUCUACUUACUGCUUCUGUAAGAAUGGGGAAUCUAGACAACCUAUGAGAAAGUUUGUGGGAGGAGUAAUUGUUGCCUUUUUAAAUGCUUACUUACAAGGGGAUCAUACCCACCUCAUUUCUAUCAGAGAUGCCAAUCUCACUAUCCCUGUUAUGUUUAAUAAGGUUCAUGUUCGUAUGUAAACAAACUUUCGUGUAUUUUUUUAUGGAGUUCUAAAUAAGAAAUGGACUAUGGCUCUGCCAUUAUCUAGU